UUUUAGUCAAAACAAUAGGCGAAGGAACCAGAGAGUGCCUUUUGAGCUUUCGUGAAUGGCUUCGACUACAAAACCUCACCAUCUCCAGAGAUCUUUCAUCUCUCCGUCGCGUCUUACCGGCCAGAGAUAUUUGGAAUCUGCCGCUCCCUCAUGCCUGAGAUUCCGCCGCAGCGGUGUGCAAUGCUCGGUGGUGGCCAAGGAGAGUAGAGUGAAAGGAGUGAAGGCGAGACAGAUUAUUGAUAGUAGAGGGAACCCGACGGUGGAGGUUGAUCUGAUUACCGAUGAUCUGUAUCGUUCGGCUGUUCCUAGUGGUGCAUCGACCGGGAUCUACGAAGCGCUCGAGCUUAGAGAUGGUGACAAGAGCGUCUAUGGGGGUAAAGGUGUAUUACAGGCUAUUAAAAAUAUCAAUGAGCUUGUCGCUCCGAAACUCAUCGGAGUUGACGUUAGGAACCAAGCUGAUGUCGAUGCCCUUAUGCUGGAACUUGAUGGGACCCCAAACAAGUCAAAGCUCGGGGCUAAUGCGAUAUUAGGAGUAUCACUGAGCGUUUGCAGGGCAGGUGCUGGAGCUAAAGGAGUGCCUUUGUACAAACAUAUCCAGGAAAUAUCGGGAACAAAGGAGCUUGUCAUGCCAGUUCCUGCUUUCAAUGUGAUCAAUGGAGGCAGUCAUGCUGGGAAUAGUUUGGCUAUGCAAGAGUUUAUGAUACUACCUGUAGGAGCAACCUCAUUCUCUGAGGCCUUCCAGAUGGGAAGUGAAGUUUAUCAUACACUGAAGGGGAUAAUCAAAACUAAGUACGGUCAAGAUGCUUGUAAUGUCGGAGAUGAAGGAGGAUUUGCUCCAAAUGUUCAAGAUAACAGAGAGGGACUAGUUCUGCUCAUAGAUGCAAUUGAAAAAGCCGGUUACACUGGAAAGAUCAAAAUAGGAAUGGAUGUCGCUGCAUCAGAGUUUUUUACGAAAGAUGGUAGAUACGAUUUGAAUUUCAAGAAACAGCCAAACGAUGGAGCUCAUGUUCUAUCAGCUGAGAGUCUUGCUGACCUCUACAGAGAUUUCAUCAAGGAUUUCCCAAUUGUCUCUAUCGAAGAUCCUUUUGACCAAGAUGAUUGGAGCUCAUGGGCUUCAUUGCAAUCCUCUGUGGAUAUCCAACUCGUGGGGGAUGACUUGUUGGUCACUAACCCUAAGAGGAUAGCUGAAGCUAUUAAGAAAAAGUCUUGCAAUGCUCUUCUCUUGAAGGUUAACCAGAUUGGGACAGUGACCGAGUCAAUCCAAGCAGCACUUGACUCAAAAGCUGCAGGUUGGGGUGUGAUGGUUAGUCACAGGAGUGGCGAGACAGAGGAUAACUUCAUAGCAGAUCUUUCUGUUGGUUUAGCAAGCGGACAGAUCAAAACUGGUGCUCCGUGCCGAAGUGAACGAUUGUCAAAAUACAACCAGCUUCUCCGUAUCGAAGAGGAACUCGGCAAUGUGCGCUACGCUGGUGAAGCCUUCAGAUCACCAUGAGAAAGUUGAAGAAGGCAACUCAUUGGCUUUGCUUACACGAUUAGGUAAAAACCAAAUGAGUUCUUCCAGUAUUAGCCUUUUGUAAGCUGUCUCUGAAAAUUAUUAGAAAGAAAACAAAUAAUAGAAACAGCUUUUCCACAUAGUUUUGUGUUGUAAUGUGAUUGAUACUGAUGUGAACAUGGAUCGACCAGUCAUAUUUCAGAUUAAUCAGAUAACCCGAGUUUGCCAUUAUCUUUGGUCCAUUA